UCAAAAUUAGGAACACUUGAAGAUUAAUUCUUAGAAUGAUCACGAAUUUCGAUUUGUCAUAACUCAUAAUCAUGAAUUCUAAAUUUGUUAAUUGAACUAAAAUACGAAACUAAAAAGCAUUAUAAUUACACAAGCUCGUAUCCUUUUUUUUUGUGGUUAUAUAAUCUUGCAUGGAAAAAGAUAUCGGGUAGUGUAACACUCUAAUUGAAGGGGAGAAAAAAGUAUUACAAGCGCUCCUUUGUAAAGUUGUUCUUUCUUCCUUUAGGCUUCCAUAUUAGUGUCUGAGUGAUGAUAUAACAAAAAAAGUACCUAUCAAAAGUGUGUUCUCUCUUAUAUAUAGCUUAAGAUUUUAAAUGAGAUAGUCAGACAUUUUAGCAUGAUUUUAGAGCAAGCAAGAGGUCCUAAGUUCAAAUAUCACUGUCACCCCAAAAGCAAGAACAUAUUCAACGUGUUUGGCCAAUGAAAAAGAAUCAAGCUAAACAUGUAAAGGGGCAUAAUGAGAUAUAAUAUAAUUACCUAAUGAAAAGUUGCUCUUUCUAACAACUUAAACUUUUAGAUGUAAUAGUCACACACUUCAAUAAUUAGGAUAUCGAAAAGUUUUCAUAUAAUAUACUCCCUCCGUUCCAAUUUAUGUGACACUCUCUCCUUUUUAGUCAGUCAUAAAAAGAAUGACAAAUAUCUAUAUUUAGUAUUGAUAAUUUUAUUUUGAACUUCUCAUUUUAUCUUAAUGAGAUGAUUUAUAACCACACAAAAAUCUAUUUAAAACUUUUCAUUUCAUUCUUAAACUCCAAUCUGUGUCCAAGAACCCUUCACAUAAAUUGAGACGGAAGGAGUAUCAUUUUGCCUGCUUUCAGGAAAUUAUUUAUUCUAUACAAUGUGUGAACAAAGUUUAUUGAUCCAGUAUAAUAAUUAGUCAUGGAUUGGAUGCAUGCACUAAUUAAUUUACUGUUUGAUGUUUGAUCUGCUCACUUUGUAAAAUCGAAAUUGAAGUACUUUUUCUUGUAGCGGAAUAACUUGCCGUCAGGAUCUGAAAUGGCAACUAGAGUUAUGCAAAUUGUUCCAUUACUGAUGAGAGAAGAUAAAGAAAGCGACGAUGGUAUCGUAUUUAAUAGAAAUGACGACUAUGAUCCAAAAGUGGUUUCGCUGGGGCCCUACCACCAUGGAAAGCGGAAGCUCAAGUUUGUUGAGGAUUACAAGCCCCAGGCCGUUGAAAUGUUCAUUGAAGGCCAUUCUACAACCGAAGAUGAAUACUUAAAUAAGAUUCUAGAGAACAUUGGGUAUGUGAGAAGUUGUUACCUCGAUUGUGAAAAGUAUGAUUGUGAUGCAUUUGCUCAAAUGAUGCUUCGAGAUGCAUGUUUUAUUCUAAAUUAUAUCAAUGUGACGGAUGACUCACCUAAAAGAGACGCGAUGAUUGAGCGUCUUGGUACUGCUGUUACGGAUGACUCACCUAAAAGAGACGCGAUGAUUGAGCGUCUUGGUACUGCUGUUUAUAACAGCAUUAUACGUGACAUGUGUUUGCUCGAAAAUCAGGUACCUUUCUGGAUUCUCGAGAUGUUGGUUGGCUUGAGAUAUGGUAAAAAGGGAGACGAAUUUGUAAAGGACAUGGAAAAAUAUUUCUUUAGAAGGUUCUUCAAUGAUCAGGAGGCAGAACUACCUAAAGCUGAUAAAAUCAAUAAGCUCGGGAUGGAACCCCUUCACCUUCUUGAAAUUUUCCGAAGGGUAAUUGUCACAGGCCACGAUCGAGACCCAUCUGGAGGUGGUGACCAUCGUUGCAAUAUCGGCAACUUGGUAAAGCGCCUUGAAAACAGUGGUUGCAGAAGCAAAGAUGAUACAUCAUCUUAUCAUGGCUACGUGUUUCGUUCAGUGACGGAUCUGAAAUCAAAGGGGAUUGACUGCAGGGCAAGUGGUAAUAAUUCUCUCAAGGGUGUACGGUUUAAUCCCUAUGAGUCCUGGCUGUCUGCGAAGCUGAUGAUCCCACCUUGCCGUGUUACAGCCCACACAAGAGCGUUUUUCAUGAACAUGAUCGCUUAUGAGUUCUCUCCCUAUUCCAAUUUUCUUUACGAUAAAUCUGUGACUGCUUACGUGAAUUUCAUGAAGCAACUUGUGGUUUCGAAACAGGAUGUGAAGGAACUGCGAAACCAGAGAAUUAUAUUCAACGGCUUAGGGAGUGACGAACAAGUGGCGAAAGUGUUCAAAGCUUUGAAUACCUAUGAGAUAGUGGAUACAUCUACUUACUCGGCUGUCAUGAACAAUAUCGAAAAGCAGUACUAUAACAGCAAAGGCAGGACUUGGAUGGCUGAUUUGAAAACCACAUAUUUUAACGGUCCUUGGUCUAUAGUUGCUUUGGCGGGUAGUAUUUUCCUCCUCUGCUUGACUAUUGUCCAGACCUUCUAUGCAGCCUAG